AAGUCACAACCCCAAGUUAUGGCAUAGCUUCAAGCAGGUUGCUUCAUCCUUCGAAUAAAAAACGAAAUCUAGGAUUUUUAACAUUAAACUCCCCGAAUGUAAUGUGGUACUGGUAUAUCUAUCACUCCUUCUUCCAUUCACAUAAUUUACUCGACAUUUUAAUUCGAAACUCGAAGUAACUAACUUGAGUAGCAUUAGCAUGGCCUUCGCCACAAACGUGUUGCUUUCUUCGAACUUUGUUGGAAGCAAAGGUCUCCUAUCCCCGAAAGCAACCAGAUCGCCACCAUUUGUUUACAAAACAAGGUUUAUAAACGCUCAAAAAAACAUCUUCAAGAAGCUUCAGCCUAAGACAGAGCCAAAUUCAGAACAAUGGAAACCCUCACCUGCUUUAACUGCCAUAAUCUUAUCCUCUAUGAGUUUAACACCUCAACCUCAAGCUUUGGCCUUAGAUAACGUGACCCCUCCUCCAACGGUAAUUGAAACGCAACAACCCAACCCUUCUAAUUCUAAUUCUUCACCCUUUUCUCAGAAUCUUCUCCUCACUGCACCAAACCCUAAGACACAGUCCACUUCCGAUCUCCCCGAAGGUGCCCAAUGGCGUUACAGCGAGUUUUUGAACGCUGUGAAGAAGGGCAAGGUCGAGAGGGUCAGGUUCAGCAAAGACGGUUCUGUCCUCCAACUCUCCGCCGUCGAUGGCCGCCGAGCCACCGUCAUCGUCCCCAACGACCCUGACCUCAUCGACAUUCUGGCCAUGAGCGGCGUCGAUAUUUCGGUUUCCGAAGGCGAUUCGGGUAACGGGGUGUUCAGUUUCAUCGGAAACUUGCUGUUCCCGGUGCUCGCGUUCGCAGGGCUGUUCUUGCUGUUCCGGCGAGCCCAGGGUGGGCCCGGUGGGCCUGGUGGGCUUGGAGGCCCGAUGGAUUUCGGGAGAUCAAAGUCCAGGUUCCAAGAAGUUCCGGAAACGGGUGUAACAUUCGCUGACGUGGCGGGUGCUGACCAAGCGAAGCUUGAAUUGCAAGAGGUAGUUGAUUUUCUGAAGAACCCAGAUAAGUACACUGCAUUGGGUGCUAAGAUUCCAAAAGGGUGUCUUUUGGUGGGGCCACCGGGUACCGGGAAGACCCUUUUGGCGAGAGCGGUUGCCGGUGAAGCUGGCGUGCCUUUCUUUUCGUGUGCGGCUUCAGAGUUUGUGGAAUUGUUUGUUGGGGUUGGUGCUUCGAGAGUGAGGGAUUUGUUUGAGAAGGCUAAGUCGAAGGCACCGUGCAUUGUUUUUAUUGAUGAAAUUGAUGCUGUGGGAAGGCAGAGAGGUGCUGGUCUUGGUGGUGGUAAUGAUGAGAGGGAACAAACUAUUAACCAGCUUCUGACGGAGAUGGAUGGGUUUUCUGGUAAUUCGGGUGUCAUUGUUUUGGCUGCAACUAAUAGACCUGAUGUUCUUGACUCUGCAUUGUUAAGGCCUGGCAGGUUUGAUAGGCAAGUCACUGUUGAUCGACCUGAUGUUGCUGGUAGAGUUAAGAUCCUUCAGGUGCAUUCCAGAGGGAAAGCACUUGCUAAGGAUGUUGACUUUGAAAAAAUUGCCAGAAGAACCCCGGGAUUCACGGGGGCUGACCUCCAGAAUCUGAUGAACGAAGCAGCUAUUAUUGCAGCCAGGCGUGACCUCAAGGAAAUAAGUAAGGAUGAGAUAUCUGAUGCGCUUGAAAGGAUCAUUGCUGGACCUGAAAAGAAAAAUGCGGUCGUCUCAGAAGAGAAGAAGAAAUUAGUAGCCUAUCAUGAGGCUGGCCAUGCUUUAGUUGGUGCUUUGAUGCCUGAAUAUGACCCUGUAGCCAAAAUAUCAAUUAUUCCUCGAGGCCAAGCUGGUGGUCUCACAUUUUUUGCUCCCAGCGAAGAGAGACUUGAGUCUGGACUUUACAGUAGAAGCUACUUGGAAAAUCAGAUGGCAGUUGCUCUAGGUGGAAGGGUUGCUGAAGAGGUCAUUUUUGGCGAGGAAAAUGUCACCACUGGUGCAUCAAGUGACUUUAUGCAAGUUUCACGGGUGGCAAGGCAAAUGGUUGAGAGAUUCGGGUUCAGCAAAAAGAUUGGACAAAUUGCCAUUGGGGGACCUGGUGGAAAUCCAUUCUUGGGCCAACAGAUGUCAACGCAAAAAGAUUACUCCAUGGCAACUGCUGAUAUAGUGGAUGCAGAGGUAAGGGAGCUGGUAGAGACAGCCUAUUCUAGGGCAAAGCAGAUAAUCACAACUCACGUUGAUAUCCUUCACAAGCUUGCUCAACUCCUCAUAGAGAAAGAAACUGUGGAUGGUGAAGAAUUCAUGAGCCUAUUUAUUGAUGGAAAAGCUGAACUGUAUGUUGUGUGAUUGUAUUGGUAUACUUAAGAUACACAAGCAUGUUUGUACUAUAAGAAAAGCAUAGACAUUUACAAUGUAAGAAUAAAUCAAAUAUACUUUAUAAAAUUCAAGGGGAAAAAAUAGACCAGCUCAU